ACGUGACGUCAUGAUGCCGGAAGUGCUCGACCUAGAUUAAAUCGCUCGUGCCCUCUUUCUUGGAUUAUAUCUUAAAGAAAGGUGCGUUUUAAGCUGUUUGAAUCAUGUGGGAAGUUGAGAUCAGAGGCAUGGCAUCAUCUCAUGUCCUCCUCAUCAGCUCUGUGUUCAUGGGAAGCCUGGUGCCUGCUCUCUUUGUGGAGAACUACUCAGUGUAUGGGACACACCUGGUGUGGCUUUAUUCUGUUUCUGCUUGUGUUGCUCUAGUCAACAUUGCUGUGUUUUGGCUUCUCGGCAUCAGUCCACCAACAAAGAAACACACACUGAGCUACAAGUUUUCUAGACUGAUUAGAUCCGGAGUGUAUUUUCUGCUGUCUUGCCUCUUCUUCCACUCUGUGGUUGUUCUGUAUGGGGCACCUUUGCUCGAGUCAGCUGUGGAGACGUUUUCUCUGGCUGUACUGCUCUCCACUCUCACCACACUGAGGUGUCUGUGUAUGCUUGGGCCGAACGUACAGGCUUGGAUCCGGGUUUUCAGUAGAGAUGGGGCGAUGUCCGUGUGGGACACAUCACUUCAGAUUACUACUGGCUGCAGUGUCAUUGGAGCCUGGCUUGGAGCUUUCCCUAUUCCUCUUGACUGGGACAGACCCUGGCAGGUGUGGCCCAUUUCCUGUUCCUUUGGGGCAACAGGAGGAUUUCUGACAGGGCUGCUAGCUGCUCCGAUCUGGAUCCGUUGGCAUCGCAAACAGCUCACCUACAAACUCAAAUGAAGGACAGGAACUAAUAGGCACAGGCCACGUUCUGGACGAAUGUCUCUGGGCUUUGUUAUAAAUCAUCCCCCUACAAGUUCCUCAUGCUUGUUUUACAAGUCAUGUCCUCUGAGGUCAAAUACAGCAAUAAAAAGUAUACUUUCCUCAGGUUGACAUUAGUUGUUCCUUCAAAUGGUUGCAGUGGCUUGAUACAUCUAUACUUGAUCAUAUCAUUCCGGAUUUUGUCUUUCUUGUAAAUAAAGGAUGUAAAAACCCAGACUGGAAAGAGAAAUGUUUUGUAAAAGGCAUUCAUUUUGCAACGCCAUGUUGCCAGAUGCGGUUUCCCUUUUUCGACAAAUAAAGUCUUGCUUCUGUGAA